AUGCCGGAAGAAACAACGUCGAUCGACUACGUCAUGGAGGCCGCAUCUGGGGCCCACUUCUCCGGCCUGAGACUCGACGGUCUGCUACCUUCCUCUGCCACUGCUUCCGCCACUCCCGAUUCAACCCUAGCCUCCGAUUCCAUCCCCAAUCAGCCUUUCGUUAUAGGAGUUUCCGGAGGUACUGCCUCCGGGAAAACCACCGUGUGCGACAUGAUCAUUCAGCAGCUUCACGAUCACCGGGUCGACUCGUUUUAUCGUGGACUGAGACCUGAAGAGUUGGAACAUGUUCAUGAAUAUAAUUUCGAUCACCCUGAGGCUUUUGACACUGAGCAGUUGUUAGAGUGCAUGGGGAAACUCAUCAGUGGCCAGGGCGUGCAUGUUCCCAUUUAUGACUUCAAGAAGCAUCAACGUUCUUCUGAUAGUUUUCGCCAGGUCAAUGCAUCCGAUGUGAUUAUAUUAGAGGGGAUUCUUGUAUUCCAUGAUCAGCGUGUGCGGGAUCUGAUGAACAUGAAGAUCUUUGUAGACACAGAUGCUGAUGUGAGGCUUGCUCGUAGAAUUAGACGUGACACAGUGGAGAGGGGCAGGGAUAUAAACUCUGUUCUUGAACAGUAUGCAAAAUUUGUUAAGCCUGCAUUUGAUGAUUUUGUUCUACCAUCAAAAAAGUAUGCUGAUGUGAUCAUUCCACGUGGAGGUGAUAAUCAUGUUGCCAUAGAUUUGAUUGUGCAACAUAUCCGUACAAAGCUUGGUCAACAUGAUCUAUGCAAAAUAUAUCCAAAUGUCUAUGUUAUUCAGUCUACAUUUCAGGUAUCUUCAAACAUAGCUUGUCAUUUGACAGCAAACGACAGUGAUUGGAUUGUGAGGGUGAGUGAGAUCCCAGGCUCUCAUAAUUCUAAGAGAACACUUGUAUUCAUUCCUUUCCACUCUGCUGUGAAAACACUAGAGGUUGAGAAGCUAUCACAGACUGUAAAGGCUCUAAGAGAGCGUAUUUUCAGUAGAUGGCUUAGGUGUAAGCCUAGAGGCCAAUAUAGACUUAUACGCCUGGUUGUUGAGCAUGGUCUAGGUCAUCUGCCUUUCACCGAAAAGCAAGUGGUUACUCCCACAGGAUCUGUCUAUACUGGUGUUGAUUUCUGCAAAAAGUUGUGUGGUGUUUCUAUUGUUCGAAGUGGUGAGAGCAUGGAAAAUGCGCUUCGUGCAUGUUGUAAAGGCAUUAAAAUUGGUAAAAUUCUUAUUCACCGGGAUGGAGACAACGGUAAACAGCUUAUAUAUGAAAAGCUUCCCAAGGAUAUUUCAGAACGGCAUGUAUUGCUUCUUGACCCUGUCCUGGCCACAGGUAACUCUGCAAACCAAGCAAUUGAGCUACUCAUUCAGAAAGGAGUACCAGAAAACCACAUUAUAUUCCUAAAUCUCAUUUCUGCUCCUGAGGGAAUCCACUGCGUGUGUAAAAGGUUUCCAUCAUUGAAGAUUGUUACAUCCGAGAUAGAUGUUGAAUUAAAUGAAGAGUACCGUGUUAUCCCAGGAUUAGGCGAAUUUGGUGAUCGCUACUUUGGCACCGAUGAUUGA